AUAAUCUCAAAUAUACAAAAACAACUUUUACAGUGAUAUGAUAUCUAUGUCAAUUUGCAUUGAUAAUUAAUGUUUUAAGUUACCAUUAAACAUUUAAAAAGUUAGUAAAAUCUAUAUGCCCAUUUAACUACCUUUUUAAUUUUAAUUUUAAAUCAGCCAUCAAUGGAUCGGAUCUACCUUAAACCGUACAAAAUGUAUUUUACAAAAUACUCUGGAGUGGUUGAAUGAAUGGGAACAGCGUGUUAUUGAUAACAAAAUAAAGCCAAAACACUUUCUUACCAAUAAUACUGCAGAAGGGCUAAGGGUAACUUUGACUUCCACUUUAGAAAUUUGCACUUACUUAAAAGAAAAAUAUGGUAUACAAUACAUUCUUACUGGAAAAAUUAAUCAAGAUGAUGUGGAACGUUUUUUUGGUACAAUUCGCCAAGCAGGAGGUGCAAAUGACCAUCCAGCUACUCCAACCUUUUUACAAUUAUACAAAAUGUUGUCCGUUUACAGUGUAUUGAAACCUCCCAAAUCAGGAAACUGCACCAUAGAAAAUAAUAAACCUUCUCAAAAUUUAAUCUCUCUUGAUAGUAUCAAAACAAUUUAUUAUAAUCCGGAAAAAAACAAACCAUUAUUACAUUCGAUCCGUGAAAAAUUGGACUUUGCAAUUCAACAUGAUGACUGGAGCUUAGAUGAUAUAAUAAAACCCAGUGAUCAUAAUUAUUUUGUAGCUCCUGUAAUCGAUUGUGUAAUAUAUUAUGUCACAGGGUAUUUGUGUAAACAAAUUUUACGCUAUUUUAAAUGUGUGACAUGUCAAUCUGCAAUCAAACAAAAUAUUAAUUUGUGUUCAUAUGAACCGGUUGCACGGCUAGUUAACUUAAAGUCCAAAGGAGGCUUAAUACACCCAAAUAUUAAUUUUUUUAAUUUUAUAUGCAAAAUUGAACAGUUGUUUUCCAAGUAUAGUGAAAUGGCAGACGUUUUAGAGCUAAUACUCACCGAACUGUUAGAAGACACUCUUUAUUUUCCUUGUUUUCAACACAGUGAAGAAAUAAUAGCUUUUACUAUCAAAUAUUAUAUAAAUAUGAGAAUGCGACAGUUUUCGCAAAGCUAUAAUUCCGAAGCACAAAAAGAAAAUAUGAACAAAAAGAAGAUAGCAAAAUUCACAUUAACAUAAAAAUUGUUAAA